GGAAAUUGAAGGAGACACAGGACAGCAGAGACGAUGAGGUUGCAACAAAUAGUUGCAAAACAGAAACUGAAACUUCUGAAACUCAAAGAACAGAGACGCAGACCAUGCCAAGAUCAACACUUAGCAGUGAAAGUGGCCAAUUCGAAGCUAAAGAUCCAUCAGUUGAAGAGAUAGGCGAACGGUCUAGUAGCACACUUCCAUCACGAAGAACAGGCUGCCAAAGAACUUCUACUCGACCUCCAGACUCCGGUUCCGCACAGCAUGACAACGCAGACGCUUUAGCAGAAGCAUUAUACGCGCGUCUACCGCGUGGUAGCCGUUCCCUUUUCCGGAUGUUAGGCUUGGAGACGACAGGUGGAAACGAUGCCCGCGUCACUCAAGGCCAGACUGAUGUCGCCGUAUUUCUACUAGGCACGGCAGAAAGAGAGGAACUACACGUACACGAACAAGCACGUCAGCGCACUCAUCCUCAACUCUUUGGUUGCACUCCUGGUAGAAGUACUGGUACAACUAAAACAGUAAGUGCUGACAACAGCGACAACCCAUCGUUCUUACUAGAGCCGCGAAGCAAGGUGGAUACUCUGUUGCUAAACUCAACGUCAACCUCAGCGUCUACGUGUGACGCUCCUUCUUCAGAAUCUUCAAAGAAGAAAUUCGUAUUGAAAGACCGAUCUCUGGUGGUGGAACCGGAAGCUAAAGCUGUACCAACUCCAACUGCCUGUACUUCUUCUUUCGCCUUACCUUCCAGUUUUGAGACAAGGCUGUUGCUGCCGCAAUUGGUAGGCAAGGCUGGCGUACGCAUUUUCGACGGUUCUCGCAGUAUUGAGGACUCCAAUCAUGCUUCCUUAUGGCUGGAUCUACUGAAAACCGAAAAUUACAUUUUGUUUAAGUGGAAUAAAAAAACCAUCUAAGUACAUCCACCACUCUCUUUCCUUGGCCGAUUUCGAUUUUCAAUUUCUCAUAUUCCCUAAAAGAAGGAUGUGAAAUGAGUAGUACAAGAACAUCUCAGAAGAUUUCUAGGCAACUUCAGCUAAUUUCUAGAGCUCUUCUAACAAAAGCAAGCCGUGGCGCCACGAAGGAGACCGCAAAAGGACCUCCCGCCCUCCUCGAGUAUCAAAUUGUCUAUCCGGGUGCUAAAAAAGUGCUGCGCGAGGGCCGCAUGAUUCCGAGGACAAGCGAUCAAGAUAGGAGAGAUGAAGAAGUUCAUGGUCUUGACAUGAAACGAGUAGAUCUACAAGAAGAACAAGAGUUUCCAGACCAACCAAAGCAGCAUGAAUUUGAAGUGGUACAGACAGCACUCAAUGGCUUGCUGAAGAAUGCUACAACUGCUAGUCUUGGGGAGCGCGAACAUAAUAUUGAAGUUGAUGAAGCAAAUGACUCGCGAAAAGCACUAGAGUGGGAUAUCGAUUCUGCACAUCUUCCCAUGUUUUAUUGGCAUGCUGGUGCUAUGGCUAUGCCACAGUGACUACUACUUCCGGAGCAAUAGUCAAUAGCAGUAGUACGUAGUGCUUAGUAUUGUAAUGUCUGCAAAAUAGACGCUGCACCUGAGAUCAUGGUUACGCUGCACCGCUUACAAAAUUUCCAUUGUGCAUUACCACAUGAUCGUCCUAGUCGACACUGACGUUGACUUUAUGUUUUCAUGCAAAUAUCUGUAACGAUUUUGUAACGUCGAUUGAAAACGUCCACAGUUCGUUGAAAACAUUGAUAUUUGAUUCACUUCAAGAUCAGCAAGCACGCACCUCUUGUGAUAAGAAAUUCAAUAACGUCAAAUAAUGAUAAUGUCAGAGUCAGUAGUACUAGUUUUCGUUUACUAGUUUACAAAUUCAACUGCGUCUGCAGUUUUUAGGUCCUCCAAUAAACUUCAAAUUGCAAAAAGAAAGUAGAAAAAGAAGUAGAAGAGGCGCCAAUACAGCAGAAAAUCGAAAUAGAAGAGGAGAAGAAAAUGCACAAACAAUAAUUAGCUAAGAGCUGACACCCGUAAAUAAUACUGGGUAUAUCUUCAUCAUCAGCACCAUCACCGUUGCACAAUGAAUAUGAAUAUGAAUCAUGCGCCUUUUUCUGAUAAAGACAAGAAAAGUAGUACAUACCUCGCGCUAAGCGCAUCGUCAUCGUUGAUGCCAUUCUUUGUUUUAUUAGGACACCUUAACCUCUUUCAAAAGAAGAAAAAGGAGUCCUUAACGCUAGCCUUAUGAUAAGUGGGAAAAAACCUUCAUGAUCAUGUGACGAUGUGUGAAGACGUGAAGAACGUGUGAAGACUCAUGCCAAAGCGCUAUCGGUGCUCUGCCGCGUCUCUACGAGGGUCGCAACGGAAUCAGGCAGCGUAAGUUGUCACGUGGUUCGCAAAUGAGUGAAUGCAUAAACGAAUGUGAACAUAUAUUUGCGUUCGGCAUGGUCAUAGUGUAUGCGGAAGACGAGAAGUCAUCUCUUCAACAAGAACUCGAUGCCUCGUCGGAUCAUUGCGAAAUUAUG